CCGCCCUUCUCUUCCGGUGGCUUUUGGUUCCGCUGCAGUAGGUUUCUGCGUCCGCUGCCGCUGGUUACUCAGCGCUCCAGGUGUUUUUUCCUGAAGGAAAGCUGCGUCCUCAUAUGUUUCGAGAAUGGCUCUCCCUAUCAUUGUAAAAUGGGGUGGACAGGAAUAUUCAGUGACCACACUUUCAGAAGAUGAUACUGUGCUAGAUCUCAAACAGUUUCUUAAGACCCUUACAGGAGUGCUGCCAGAACGCCAGAAGUUACUCGGACUCAAAGUUAAAGGCAAACCUGCAGAAAAUGAUGUUAAGCUUGGAGCUCUCAAACUGAAACCAAAUACUAAAAUCAUGAUGAUGGGAACUCGUGAGGAGAGCUUGGAAGAUGUCUUAGGUCCACCUCCUGACAAUGAUGAUGUUGUCAAUGACUUUGAUAUUGAAGAUGAAGUAGUUGAAGUAGAAAAUAGAGAAGAAAACCUACUGAAAAUUUCUCGAAGAGUAAAAGAGUACAAAGUGGAAAUUUUGAAUCCUCCUAGGGAAGGGAAAAAGCUUUUGGUGCUAGAUGUUGAUUAUACAUUAUUUGACCAUAGGUCUUGUGCAGAGACUGGGGUAGAAUUAAUGCGGCCCUAUCUUCAUGAAUUCCUAACAUCUGCAUAUGAGGAUUAUGACAUUGUUAUUUGGUCUGCAACAAAUAUGAAGUGGAUUGAAGCUAAAAUGAAAGAGCUGGGAGUGAGCACAAAUGCAAAUUAUAAGAUUACCUUCAUGUUGGACAGUGCUGCUAUGAUAACAGUGCAUACUCCAAGGAGAGGAUUAAUAGAUGUAAAGCCUCUUGGUGUUAUAUGGGGAAAGUUUUCGGAGUUUUACAGCAAAAAAAACACCAUUAUGUUUGAUGAUAUAGGAAGAAAUUUUCUAAUGAACCCACAGAAUGGACUAAAGAUAAGGCCUUUUAUGAAAGCGCACUUAAAUCGAGAUAAAGACAAAGAACUUUUAAAAUUAACCCAGUACCUCAAAGAAAUAGCAAAAUUAGAUGACUUUUUGGAGCUAAAUCACAAAUAUUGGGAAAGGUAUCUCUCAAAGAAGCAAGGACAGUAGUUACAAGUUAUACUGGCAGUUACUGACGAUGCUUGAGAUCCAUGAACUUCUUGCUUUUAUGCUAGAGAUCAUUAUGGUAGUGCUGGUCACUGAAGCAAAUACCAGACUGCUUAUAUUUGGUCUUCCGGUUUUUUGUAAAUUUAAUUUUAUAUUUUUUGAAAAUCAUAGCAAUAUGUUAAAAAAUGAUUCUCUUUGACUAUAUAGAUAUUCUGUUACUCUUGGAAAAUAUUUUCUCCAUCACUGAUUACUGAGUUGUUUUUCCACAGGAAAAAAGGUGGGAAAAAUGUAUACUCAGUGUCAUUUCAUGAUGUUACAAACAAGUUAUGUCUUAUGGUUUUAUCUGAUUGUAUUAUUGUCCAACUAAAUUGAAGACCAAACCCAUCUUGAAACUGAUGCUUUUUCCUUUAAAACCAAAAAGAAAAUUUUUUAAAUAAAGAACCUAGUUUGUUAUGCUUAAAAUUAUCAAGAAUUUUUUAUUCCUUUGUCAUAGACACAGUUUCUCUUCUGUACUCUACUAGUUACAUUUCUGAAUUCUGAAUUGUCUCAGUUUGGUCAGUAUAUGUGUAAGUGUUCUUUAAUUAAAACUGGAAAACAUCAGUCAUGAUACAUCUGUGUCCUAGUAUGAGAAAUAGAAAACAGAAGAUACAGAAUAAAACUAAGGAAAGAGAACAUAUCUCUUUUUGGUGCGUAAGUAGAAGCUAGUCUGCCUAAAACCUUAUCAUAAAAACAAUUAAAGGCAAUAUAUUUUUAAAUGGGACAUAGUACUGAUUCAGCCCUAAAGAGCAUGAACAAGAAGUUUUUGUUCUGUUGCAGCUAUUAUCUUGUCCAAGUGCUAACACUGUUUCAGUGAAAAUAUUUAGCCAUAAGAUUAAAAAACAUAUUUGCAAUGCUUAAGCCUGAGAUAUGUAAUGUGACCACUGUUUUGUGUUGACAGUAUUGCUUUAUACAGUUCUGUAUUUGAAAGGAAUUGAUCCUUUUAAAGAAACAUGAUGUAUAUUGUUCUUACAGGAUUAAUUGCAGUGGUAUAAAUAAUAAAUAUCUUUUCUUAAAA